GCUGGCUUUCAGAGGGUUGUUUUGGAGGAAGUUAAAGCAGAUCCCGAAACAGAAAGAGAAAAAAGACCCGUCAUUUAACAGGGGACAAUAACGGUCACAGCACCCGUAUCGGUAUCCCCGGUUCCGGAUUAGUUCGCUCAUACUCUAGCCUAAGCGAUCCAGUGUUCCGGUGGCGACAGGGGCUAAAGUUAUUGUCUGUUUUCUUCAUAAACAUCAGGCUUGUGUAAGGGCACGGUAGCAAUUUAGCUCACAGGCGACUCCACAGCACUGAUACAGACCGAUAUUUGCUAGAUCUCCAGCUUUACAAACCAGCUGUGACACUAUGACAUCAAGGAAGAAAGUUCUUCUGAAGGUGAUCAUUCUCGGAGACUCUGGGGUUGGCAAGACAUCUCUGAUGAACCAGUAUGUGAAUAAGAAGUUCAGUAAUCAGUACAAAGCUACUAUAGGAGCAGAUUUCUUGACAAAAGAAGUGAUGGUUGAUGACCGACUUGUCACAAUGCAGAUUUGGGACACGGCGGGUCAAGAGCGCUUCCAGUCUCUGGGUGUGGCUUUCUAUCGCGGUGCUGACUGCUGCGUGCUGGUGUUCGACGUCACUGCCCCAAACACCUUCAAGACGCUGGACAGCUGGAGGGACGAGUUUCUCAUCCAGGCCAGCCCGCGCGACCCAGAGAACUUCCCCUUUGUGGUGCUGGGCAACAAAAUCGAUCUGGAGAAUAGGCAGGUAACAACCAAACGGGCACAGGCUUGGUGUCAGAGUAAGAACAACAUCCCAUAUUUUGAGACCAGUGCAAAGGAGGCCAUCAAUGUAGAGCAGGCUUUCCAGACCAUCGCGCGCAAUGCACUCAAACAGGAAACCGAAGUGGAGUUAUACAACGAGUUCCCUGAGCCAAUUAAACUAGACCGGAACGAUAGAGCCAAGCCAUCAGCAGAGACUUGUAGCUGCUGAGGACCUCCAGGGGGCGCAAUGUUUCACCCUCAGCCUCUCUGGCCUUGUCUCUGCCUCACUCCCUCUCUCUCUUGCGUUCUUUCUUUCACCCCUGUUCUCCUUUAUCUCCUUCCCUCCCCUUUACUCGAUAUAAUCACUGGCCUUUGUAGACGAGCAGACUUCCUCUCAUCCAGCAUCCUACACAGUUCUCAUUCACAGCCUUAGACACACACACACACACACACACACACACAAGAGGCUCAACCCGACAUCCGUUUUCGAACACGAAUCCCCGACACCUCGCACCGGUUCCGCAGAACCGUCGUUUCACCCGCGUAAAAACUCCUACUGAAACUCUUCACAACACUUGAAUGGCUCUUGAGACUUUUUUUUACGAUCCAGUCCCGCGGUGCAGUCGGAAUACGUUUGACGUGAACGCUGAAAGACGGGGAGGGGGGGGGUGUGUCAGAGCCGUACGUUGGUACCAUAAAUGCCCGACUGCUUCAUCGAUGUGCUUGAAUUAAAAUGGCGGCCUGACGUAAAGCAUGCUACAUUUGCAUCUUAAAGUCGUGAACCUGAAAACGCUCCUCGGUUUGUGAAGUCGCGAAGCACUGGAGGUCCAACACUGCCCCCGCUGUUACAUCUGAGAACUGCAGUCAAUUAAUCCUCAAUAUGGAACAGGAAAAUAUGAAUAGCAAACUACAUGACGGGAAGCUUAGAUAUUACGUCUAAAUGAUCUACUAUUAUGACAAUUAGUAUUUCUAUGUAUUUUUUUAUCGUCAAUCCUUAUGUCAGCAUGACCGAAUCACAGCGAGUCUGCCAUGAACAAAAUAGUGGCGUGAAAUCGAUCUCGUCUUUUUUUUUUUUUUUUCAUAUCUUGCCCGGACUCUACCAGUAGCUCAGGACGGUAGAGAAUUUAAGUGCUCAGUAUCACUUGGAUCUUUUCCUGUCUGUUUGUUCUUUAUUAUUGUAAUUAUUAUUAUCUGUUGCAUUAUAUUCAAAUAAACACAGCUAGACAACAUUGGGGGAAAACUGAAUUGUUCAUGACAUUUAAUGAAACAAAAUGCACAGCAUAUACAUUGUUCAAGAUAAAUGUAUUUCGAAGUAACGGAAAUAAAAUUAAGUUGUUGAAUAAAA